AUGAAGUUGGAAAAAGAGCUGCAGCAGACAGUGGCCUUCUCUGCGACGCUGCUGAACUCAGCGGACAGUCAGACUUUAGGACCUUACAAUGUAGAGACGACUCUGGUCUAUAAACACGUGUUCACAAACGUUGGAAAUGCCUACAACUCAAUCACAGGCAUAUUCACUGCCCCAGUCAAAGGAGCCUACCAUUUUGUGUUUUUUGCGCUUAACAAUAGGCCAACCUCAGCAGAAGCCUACCUGAAGAAGAACGGAGAAGCUGUGUUGAUGGCCCAUGAGACCCAGUCGUAUGGGGCGGGGACUGCGGGCAACGCGGUCACACUGAUCCUGGAGGUUGGGGAUACGGUGUACGUCACUUUGCCCGCGAACACACAACUUUAUGACAACCACCAUCGGCACAACACGUUCAGUGGCCACCUGCUGUUCAAACUGUACUGA